AGGACGGCGAAGAGGGGCUUCCGAAGAUUCCACGUCGCGCGUGCACCGCGCGUGCGCAGAAGUGGGUCGCCUUGCGUGUGGCUUUGCACGUGUGAACGACUUACUCUCGUCUCCUCCCCCUUAUUCAGUGCCAAGCGUAACCUGGGAAGGCUGAGGACGCAUGGAGUGAGCCUGCAGCAAGGGUCCAUGGCUGAAGUGCACGUGAUUGGCCAGAUCGUGGGCGCCAGCGGGUUCUCCAGCAGCAGCCUCUUCUGCAAAUGGGGGAUCCACACAGGUGGCGCCUGGAAGUUACUGUCAGGGCUUCGGGAAGGGCAGACGCAAGUCGACAACCCCCAGUUGGAUGACGUCGCCUACUGGUCCCACCCCAUCGACGUCCACUUUGCCACCAAAGGCUUGCAAGGCUGGCCCAAACUCCACCUCCAGGUGUGGCACCAAGAUUCCUUCGGGCGCUGCGAGCUCUACGGCUAUGGCUUCUGCCACGUGCCCUCCAGCCCGGGCUUCCACCGCCUGGACUGCGUGACCUGGCGCCCCCUGGGCUCCUGGCAGGAGCAGCUCUCCCAGCGCUUCGUGGGGGGCGGCCCCCAGUUGCUCAACAGCGACCUGAUCUACAUGGGGGCCGACCGCUACCGCCUGCAGACCUGUGCGAUGGGCACUGUCCACCUUCAGCUGGCCGUUCUCCUCCGGAACUUUGACCGCUAUGGCGUCGAGGCCUGAGCCCCCGUCGUGCCGUGCCUUGUCCGAGUGGAACCCGGGCUCCUCUCUUUUGCCCAAAGGCUCUCAACGCUCCUUUAUCGCCAUUUGGGGGGAAGAAAGACUUCUGCUGUCAGGGCACCUGUUCCCAGAUGGAUUGAUUGGCUGGUGUACGGGCCAAUGGGGCCUCACUUGCUCCCGCCCCGCUCCAGGACGUGGCAUCUUCCUUCUGUCGCCUGUUGAGAGGCAGAAAUUCUGCCCCUGACUCUGAGGCAGAGAGUGUGUGUGGGGGUGUGGGGGAGGUUCUAACGUGUGGCUCUUUGUCAGGGACACCCAGGAUUCCUGGGUUAUCUUCUCAGCGGCACAAGCCACGAAUGUUGCAUCCGCAGGUGUCCUCGUGUGCCUUUGGGGGGGCCUAAAAGAAUUCAUUCCUGGUGGGAUUACGGUUUCACAGAACACAGUUUGGCUGGACAUUCCCCUCCAAGAAGCAGAAAGCAACUUUGUGGUCUUUUCACCGCCCUUUGUCGUUCCUGUCCUGUGCGCUGCAGAGUUGCCCCUAAAUAAUCACUUUUCUGUAUGCACAUUAAAUGUGAAUUUUUC